AUGGGCAAAAAGGGCAAAGUCGGGAAGAGCCGGCGGGACAAAUUCUAUCACUUGGCGAAGGAGACCGGUUACCGCUCCCGCUCUGCUUUCAAGCUGAUCCAGCUGAAUCGCCGCUUUCAAUUUCUGCAAAAAGCCCGAGCAUUGCUGGACCUGUGCGCUGCACCGGGUGGAUGGCUGCAAGUGGCUGCCAAGUUUAUGCCUGUAUCCAGCCUUAUUGUGGGAGUGGAUCUGGUCCCAAUCAAGCCUCUUCCUAAUGUGGUGACACUCCAGGAGGACAUCACAACAGAACGCUGUAGGCAGGCCCUGAGGAAGGAGCUGAAAACCUGGAAGGUUGAUGUUGUGCUCAAUGAUGGGGCCCCCAACGUCGGGGCUAGCUGGGCCCAUGAUGCUUACUCCCAAGCCCAUUUGACGUUGAUGGCUCUGCGUUUGGCUUGUGACUUUCUGGGCCGUGGUGGCUGCUUCAUCACAAAGGUUUUCCGUUCUCGUGACUAUCAGCCCUUAUUGUGGAUCUUCCAGCAGCUCUUCCGCCGUGUUCAGGCCACCAAGCCCCAAGCCUCUCGUCAUGAAUCUGCGGAGAUCUUUGUAGUCUGCCAGGGUUUCCUGGCUCCUGACAAGGUUGACAGUAAAUUCUUUGACCCCAAGUUUGCCUUCAAGGAAGUCGAAGUUCAGGCCAAGACUGUUACAGAAUUGGUGACUAAGAAGAAGCCAAAGGCUGAAGGCUAUGCUGAGGGCGACCUCACUCUCUAUCACCGAACCUCCGUCACUGACUUCCUCCGAGCUGCCAACCCUGUUGACUUCCUCUCCAAAGCCAGUGAAAUCUCACUAGAUGACAAUGAGCUGGCACAGCAUCCAGCCACCACCGAGGACAUACGGGUAUGCUGUCAGGACAUCAAAGUGCUGGGGCGCAAGGAGCUCAGGUCCCUACUGAACUGGAGGACGAAGCUUCGGCGAUACAUGGCCAAGAAGCUGAAAGAGCAAGCAAAGGCACUGGACAUCAGCCUCAGCUCAGGGGAGGAAGAGGAAGGAGAGGAGGAGGAGUCCACAGCGGGGACUGGGCCGCAGCCGUCUCAGGAGGAGGAGGAGGAGGAACAGCUGAACCGCACCCUGGCGGAGAUGAAGGCCCAGGAGGUGGCGGAAUUAAAGAGGAAGAAGAAGAAACUGCUGCGUGAGCAGAGGAAGCAGCGGGAGCGUGUGGAGCUGAAGAUGGAUCUUCCCGGGGUUUCCAUCGCAGACGAGGGGGAGACUGGCAUGUUCUCCCUGCGCACCAUCCGGGGUCACCAGUUGUUAGAGGAGGUAACACAGGGGGACAUGAGUGCUGCAGACACAUUUUUGUCUGACCUGCCGAGAGAUGACAUCUACAUAUCAGAUGGUGAGGACGACGACGAUGCAUCUCUAGACAGUGACCUGGAUCCAGAGGAGCUGGCAGGAGUCAAAGAACCUCAGAGUCUAAAGGACCAAAAGUGUGUACGAUUUGCUGAAGUGGAAGAUGAUAAAGAGGAGGAAGAAGAGAAUCCACUGUUGGUACCAUUAGAGGAAAAGGCGGUGCUGCAGGAAGAACAGGCCAGCCUGUGGUUCUCCAAGGACGGCUUCAGCGGGAUUGAGGACGAUGCCGACGAGGCCCUGGAGAUCAGUCAGGCCCAGCUGCUGUAUGAGAGCCGUCGCAAGGGGCAGCGGCCGCCACCACCGCCUUCCAAUGAGGAGACGGAAAGCAAGCCUCCCCCGUGCCAGGGUGAGGCCCCUAAGGGGGCGGGGGCUCCUAAGGGGUCAGAGGUCGCCCCUGGGCCUGGAGAGGAAGAGAGCGACGGCGACGGCGGCUCCGACAGCGACGACAGCAGCGAGGACGAGGAGAGCUGGAAAUCACAGCGCGGGAAGAAGCGCGGCCGCGGGUCUAGGUCAGAGGACGACGGUGGGUUUGAGGUGGUGCCUAUCGAGGACCCAGUGAAACAUCGGAUCCUGGACCCUGAAGGCCUUGCUCUAGGUGCAGUUAUUGCCUCUUCCAAAAAAGCCAAGAGGGACCUUAUAGAUGACUCCUUCAGCCGGUACACGUUCAAUGAGGAUGAGGGGGAGCUUCCAGACUGGUUUGUGCAGGAGGAAAAGCAGCACAGGAUACGACAGUUGCCUGUCGAUAAGAAGGAGGUGGAACACUACCGGAAACGCUGGCGGGAAAUCAAUGCGCGGCCCAUCAAGAAAGUGGCCGAGGCCAAGGCCAGAAAGAAGCGGAGGAUGCUCAAGAAGCUGGAGCAGACUAAGAAGAAGGCAGAAUCUGUGGUUAACACGGUGGACAUCUCUGAACGGGAGAAAGUGGCACAGCUUCGAAGUCUCUACAAGAAAGCCGGGCUUGGAAAAGAGAAACGCCAGGUCACCUACGUUGUAGCCAAAAAAGGUGUGGGGCGCAAAGUGCGCCGGCCAGCUGGGGUCAGAGGUCACUUCAAGGUGGUGGAUUCGAGAAUGAAAAAGGACCAGAGAGCACAGCAGAGGAAGGAGCAGAAGAAAAAGCACAAGAGGAAGUGA